UUCAGCAGUACGAGUGCGUCUUUUCCCCGGAGCUGUGGAUGAUCCAGCCUCAAAUGUCACUGAGUGUAAAGAGUCUGCAGGACUAACUUGUUGUCUCAAAAGAAAAAGAAGAAGAAGAAGAAGAAGCAGACUCUGUCUUCUGAGAACUGAGUCCCAUUUAUCAGGACAAAAACUCCAGGAUGAUCCAUCACCUUCCAAACCAACACAGAGUCUGAAGCUGCUCCAGCUCAGGAGAAAAAAAAUAAUCAUUCCCCUGAGAGAAGAAUAGAAGAAGAAGAAGAGGAAGAAGAAGAGAAGGGGGAGGAAAAGUCAGUUUAUCUACAAAAGACAAGAACAACCAAAAAAAGUGGUGACUCUGGAGAGUGUCGGAUAUAUUGGCCCCUGCUAUUUAUCCAGAAGAAAAGAGGAAUAAAGAAGAAAAAGUGAAGACAGAAAAGAAAAGGCUUUCAUUGUAAGAUCAACCCAAAGAGGAUGUUGGAGGCUAUCGCAUCCACUCAGAUGCAAAGAAAAGAAGGAGAUAUAAAGAUGAGAAUAAAGACAGAGUAAAAAGUUUUGGUAUUUGGGAAUACAGAAGAAAGCAUAUCAUCUUGUCAGCUGAACAAGACUGUUUUUUUCUUUAGUUUUUGGUUAUUUUAAUAAAUUAUUGUGAAAGAGGCAGAAAAAAACGUCAAAGGAAAUCACAGAGAUGCAGGAGUGAAGAGUCAAAAGUCAAGGAAUAAAAAGGAUACAGCAGAAUAAAGAGAAUAAAGACAAAUAUCUGCAAAAAAGGGAGGAAAAGAGAACAAGGUUUAAAGCGAAUACAAAAAGGAAUAAUUAAGAGGCAAAAGGGCAAAACGGGAGAAAAGGAUGAACCAAGAGGAAGAGCAGGAGUAAAGAGGAGAAAAGAGGACAACUCAAAAUAAUCAGGAGAACUAAGGAACAAAAGUGAAAACAGAACAAAACGGAGGAAUAAUUACAUCUAGAAAAUCCAGGAAAAGAGAAAACAAUUGAAAGAGAAAACCACAAAAACAGAAGUAAGGAACACGUGGAACCCAGGUGUGACAAUGAGGCUCCUGGUGCUUCUUGCAGCUCCCUUCUCCAUCCUCGUCCUCCACAUUUUAGUGGUGGCAUCCGCAGGCAGCGUGUCCCCAGGCCGGCUGGAGCGCUGGGUCCGCUCAGGCCUCCAGUCGCUGCAGUGGGACCAGCUGGACCGGUGUCUCCGCAUGUCCUCCCUGUCUGAAGCCGAGUGCAGGCAGCUCGCCCACCUGCCGCUGUCCUCUGUGGCUGUUUACGUGUCGGAGCCUCGCACUGCUGCAGGUAACUCAGACAAAGUUCUGGCCAUCCUGCCGGACUCCUCAAGUGGGAUGAUGAGCUCCAAACCGAGGGGAGGUUUCAGUGUCAGCCAGGUGCUGAAUGGUGGGGAGGGUCCCCACAGACACCAGCAGCCUUUUCCUGGCUCCAUGGCCCAUGAUGUCGUGCUGGUGCUUGAUCCGAGCCCUGGGGAAAACUUUGGACACCCGGUGGUCCUCUUCUACGUGGACAUGAAUGUGACAAAGAAGAGAUGCUCCCACCUGGAUGGCAUUUACCUGGGUGAGGAGUGUUUGACUCUGGCUUUAAAGGGUCGCUGCCAGAACCAGCUGAAGCGUCGGCAAGCUGGGCCAGAGAGGCUUAUGGGUAACGGACACAGUCGGCUGUCAGGUGGAGCGCUGCGCGGUGGUUCCAUUUCCACUAGUGGUGGUAGCCGUCUGGUGGAACGAGCCAUCGGAGGGCUCUGUGAAGUCCACUUCCUCCCACUGGUGGUCGGAGUCGGAGACAGCAACCGAACACAGAGACUCAGAUGCGUGGAUCAUGCAGAGUUUGCGAGGUGCCCUCAGCCGAUGCCCAUGGGCUCUCCCAGUUUGCCCGUCUCCAGCUGUGAGCUGAAUAAAAACACCAGGCGCUGCCACCAGCAGCCACUGGCCACCCACCUGUCCUGUCGGCUCUACCAGACCUGUGACCACGCUGUGCUCAUCUCAGGUGGCUGGCAGCAGCAGAUGACGUUCCAGCGUCAAGUUCAAAAUCUUCAGAAGUUUUAUAGGAUGCUGCGGAACAACGGGUUUCACAAGGAUCACAUCAAGACCUUCUUUGCCAGCAGUGGACACCUCCCUGAGGACAUAGAGGGUGUGUACUCUGCAACAGAGAAGGCGGUGAUCCGUAACCACGUGUCGUACGUCUGCAGGAAGCAGCACUGCGCCGACACGCUGGUUCUCUACCUGAACUCGCCAACACGCAACGACGGCACCAUGCUGCUGUGGGACGCCAACCUCAAUGGCAUUGCUGAUCUGAAGGAGCGAUACUCAGUCAACGAGCUGCUGGCCGACCUGGCAGGCUGCAGGGCGACUCGUGUUCUGCUCUUUGUGGAUCAGAGCUACAGCGGUGUUCUGUCCAAGAGGCUGCGAGGGUCCCAGAAACACCUCAACGUGGUCCUGAUACAAAACCAACCACGGCAGACCCACAACCAGAGGCUGAACCCGGGCUUGGAGGACAGCAACUGGUCCUUCAUCAGCCCUGCAAUCUGCCUGCUCGACCACCUGGGGAAGGGUGCAGGGAUGUCUCGCCUCCUGGAGCCGUGGGCCGGCCUUUUAAACGUGACGUUGGCGGGUGCUCCCUGCAAUGCCACACCACCGCUGACUGAUGGAGAGAUGCGGCGAGAGUACCAGGGCUGCCAGAACCUGCCGACCGCCCUCUGGCACCAGAAACACAGGAGGACCAACUGAGAGAGAGAGAGAGAGAGACACUGAGACUGACCAGGAGAGAGAGAAAGACUGAGAAGUGACUGAGUGGGAAACAAAUCAAUUACGGAGACACACACAUACACACACACUCACACACACACAAGCAUUUGCAUUACGCACAUGCAUAUUUGCUUAUUUGUGUGUUAACCUAGGAGUUUAGUUUCAGUGUGCUUCAUGGACACUGAUGUGUGUGUUUUGCGUCCUAACUCUGAACUCACAGUGUAACCAUGGCGAUGACAGCUCAUCCCAGUGGGAGUGUCCUGAACACCAUGUGAACAGUGUGUGUGUGUAUGUGUGUGUGUGUGUGUGUGCAUAUAUUUGUGAGUGUAUGUGUUUUUGUGAGUUCAGCAAGAGGACAACCAGUCUUGAAAACUAUUGCUAGCUUACGCUCGGGUCAGUGUGUGUGUGUGUGUGUGUGUGUGUGUGUGUGUGUGUGCGUCACGUCUCCUGGGCACUUUAACAUUUCAGAACCAAUCAUCCACCUCUAUUUUUAUCUUUAAGACAGUAAUUUCUUCUUCCUUCUUUUCUGUCUGUCUUCCGUCCCUCUUCUUUUCAUUUUGUCCUUUGUUUUACCUUUUGUCUACCACUUUCCUCUCACCUUCCCUCUCAUCAUCUCCUCCUCUGUCCUUUUUUCCACCAUGUUCCCUUCUUGCCUUCUUUCCUUUCCUUACUUGCAUUUAUUCUCCUCAAUUGCCUCCAUCUUUUUACCCUUUCCCAUUUUAAUUUUCCUUCUCUUCCUCUUUCUUGAUUUUUUUUUCUGCUGACCUUAGACCUCUUUCUCAACUUCAUCCUCCAUCCAUCAUUUUACUUUUAACCCUUACACUUGUUUACCCUUAUCCACCUUCUUGUCUUCCCUCUGCUUCUCUCCUUCCACUUCUUGACUGUCAGUCUCUCUUUUCCCCUAUUCUGAGCACAUUUAAACAGCUGAAAACUGGAAUGAAUUAGUCACAAGAGAGAAGAAGUGACAGAACACUGAAACAUAAAGUGAGUUUCCAUACACACGUUAUGUGUAUUUUGAAUUUGCUCAUGAGAAAACAUGAAUGAAAACAACACAAAAUUUAACUUUUCACAGUUUGACAGAACUCUUUUAACUUUUGUGUCAAACUUUUACUUCCAAGGUUAUUCACAGUGUUUUUGGAGAAUGACACGUGAACCUCAAGACCCAGACCACUGUUUGCUCUUUUCAAAUCACUUCACCAGAUGUUUAUUCAGAUUAUUCAGUAUAUAGUAUUAGCCAAGCAAAAUUAUAAUUUACAAAAUUAUUCUAUUUUUUCUUAUUGAACAGUGUUUUAGUCUGUCCAUUAGUACAUUUCAACUCACCUACUCUGUGGGAAUCAUCCUCCCGCCCUUUUUUAGACUGAAGCUUAUAAAUAUAUAGUUUAAUGUCUGGAAGAGCUCAGUAAUUUUCUGAAACAGCUGGGCACUGCAGUCACAAUGAUGUAUUUGUGGGAACUAUUUUCAGCCACAGAUGAAAACACAUUUUGAACUCUUGUGAGUAUCUGUGGCGACAGGACUGUAUGUGUAAAGAUACAGUGCCAGUGUUCACCAUAAAGACGGAACAUGAGGCUCAUUUAUAAAAGCCACACUGUGGCUGCACAGGUGACACUUGCUAGUUGAAUAAAGUCCUUGUUGAUUUUGGUCUUUUCAUGGCAUUUGUAUAGAAACUAUAGAAUACUGCAAGAUUUAUCCUUUAAAAGAAAGCAAUGUUGUCUCUUGAGAGGAGGUGGGAAGCCAACAGUGGUCUCCAAUACAGUGUGGGUUAUCGUUAGUGGUUUGAGCAAACAACCAAUGCUGUGGCUUUUCUGGAGAGAACAGUCUCACUGUCAGUUGCAACAUGGCAAUCAACAGACUGCUGCGACAACCAGAUCAGGUUUUUAACAAACUCAGUUACUCUUCCAAGAUUUUCUGAAUCCCAGAUCUCACCAACAAAAAUAAAAUGUCAUCGUCAUGGAAUGAUUGGCCAACACUACAAAAAUAACAUCCAGGCAUCACAAAUCUGGACCUCACAUUCAAAUACCAUUGUGUCUGAAGUCAGGAGGUUUAUUUUUAACAUGUAGAGAUGGAGGAAGAGUGAACCAUAGAGGGACACACAACAAGGCAGCCAGGAAACGAGAGACAGAGAGAUUGGUUGGCAAUGAUCAUGAUUAAGAUAUGAAGCACUGAGACUGCCCUCACUGCUACACAGACUGUCUAUGGCAUUUUAAUAAAGGCACAACUUGGAAGUGGGUGUGUGUGUGUGUGUGUGUGUGUGUGUGCUCUAUUGCAUAGACAGUGGCAUCACAUGAAACAUGCAUAUGUUCUAAAAUUAACCCAUCCCUACACUAACAAUGUAUGUGCUGUCUUUUGGUGGUGCUUUGUGAUUUUUGUCGGUACACGACCUCGUGUCUUUUUUUUCAUCCCAGUAACCAUCCAGUAUAUACCACAGCCCAGCGUGCAUCUCCUUCCCUCCCUGCUGUGUUUUAGUGUUUGUUGUUGUACUGAUUUUACAUUUAGAGAUUUGUUUAUUCAAGAGACGGAGGUUGAUCAGAAGAACAACUUUCCGAAUGCGUGGGGACAUUUUGGACCAGAACUGAGUCCAACAGGCUGACGUGUGCAUAUUCACAGUUUGUGUAAUGAUCUGUACAGAAUAUGAGAUGUAAUUUAGCUGAAAUGUUUCUAGUUGCAUGCAGCAUCACAAAAUCUAGUCAAUAAAAUACUUUUAGAAAGCAGCGAAGUAUAAGAGAUUUAUU